UCAUGAACACUUUGACCCAAAAAAAAAAAAUCAUGAACAGUUUCGUACCAAAACACAUGCUGUUCAUGACAGAUGCAAAUUAGCAAGAAAAGAAUCUCGAUUUUAUUAUCAAUUAAGCUCCAAAUCUCCAAACCCCUUACAAAAUCCCAAUCAUUUCUCCACCUUCUAAUCAUAUCAUAACAUUAAUCCAUCCUGUUCAGCGAAUUAAACUAAAUUUGUGUUGUUGGUGUAUUAUCACCAUUUUCAGUUGUUGGACUCAAUUCAAUCGAAUUCAAGUUUAUGCUUGCGUGUACUGGGGAGAUCAAAUUUAAGGAAUUAGUCUAUUACCCAUUUCGCCUGGACAUGGCGGGGCAAAAUCAGGUAUCCAGCAUUGAUCAAUUCGAAGCUUACUUCAGGAAAGCUGAUUUAGAUGGCGAUGGCAGGAUCAGUGGAGAUGAAGCUGUCGCUUUCUUUCAAGGAGCCAAUUUGCCUCAACAAGUUCUUUCCCAGAUCUGGAUGAAUGCUGAUCAGAGUCAUAACAGCUUCCUUUGUCGUGCGGAAUUUUAUAAUGCUCUCAAACUUGUGACAGUUGCGCAGAGUAAAAGAGAAUUGACCCCAGACAUUGUCAAGGCAGCAUUAUAUGGCCAUGCCGCAGCUAAAAUUCCACCACCAAAAAUUAAUCUUCCGAACACUCCUGUGCAACGGGUAAAUUCAAUGGGUGCUGUAUCUGCCCCACAGAUGGGUGCAGUUGCUGCAACAGCAUCACAGAAUCUUGGCUUUAGAGGGCCAGGAGUUCCAAAUGCUAUUAUGAAUCAGCAUUACUUUCCUUCUCAACAAAGUCAGUCAAUAAGACCACCUCAGGCUAUCCCUCCUGGAAUUGCUUCCUGUCCCCCUCAGGGCAUCAUUAGUCCAGAAUUCUCUAGAGGUAGUAUGCCUACAAGCACUGCUUCUUAUCCCUCUCAAUCCAUUCCUGGUUCCAUUUCUAGUCCCAGCAUCCCAAAUUCAAACAUCUCAACCGGUUGGACUGGUGGAAAGACUAGUGCAGCUUUGACUGGCCUUCCAUCUACACCCAAUGCUACAAUGCAGCCACAAACUCAAGUUUCUGUGUUGUCCCAGCCAACUGCAAAUGAUUCUAAAGCAUUAGUUGUUUCUGGAAGUGGGUUUGCAACUGGCCCAUCUUUUGGAGGUGGUGUGUUUUCUGCCAUCUCUCCUAUUGGAAAACAAGAAACUUCUGCGCCUACUUAUUCUUCUAGUGGUUCACCUGCUUUAGCAACUGCAGUUCCAGCUCCUAGUGGGGGCCACCUUCCUGUUAAGUCCAACUCACUUGAUUCACUGCAUAGUGCUUUUGCCAUGCAACCUAUGGGUGGUCAGCUUCAACGAGCUCAAUCACUUCCAACAUUAGACCAACCGGUUUCAACUUCAAUUUCUUCCUCACUCACAUCCCCUAGCACUUCAGUUGGAGUUGGAAAUUCAUCUGAUAAUUCACAGAUCCCAUGGCCAAACAUGAAACAAUCUGAUGUUCAGAAAUAUACUAAAGUGUUUAUGGAAGUAGAUACAGACAGAGAUGGAAGAAUCACUGGUGAGCAGGCACGUAAUCUAUUUUUGAGUUGGAGGCUACCACGAGAGGUUUUAAAGCAGGUCUGGGACUUAUCUGAUCAGGACAGUGAUAGCAUGCUUUCUUUGAGGGAAUUCUGCUUUGCUCUAUAUUUGAUGGAGCGGUUCAGGGAAGGACACCCUCUUCCGGCAUCACUUCCGAAGAACGUUAUGUUUGAUGAGACACUGUUGUCCAUGACAGGUCAACCAAAGGUUGCUUAUGGAAAUGCAUCAUGGGGUCAAAGUCCUGGUUUUGGACAUCCGCCUGGAAUGGUUACUCAAUCAAUAGCUCCUGCCACUGGUUUGAGGCCACCAGUUCCAGUGACAGGUCCCCGGACCCUACCUGAUGGUGUAAUGGCAUCUAAUCGGCAGAAGCCAAGAGCACCUGUUUUGGAGGAUUCCUUUCUGAACAAAAGCGAUGGUGGGGAGCAGAACUCAAUGCCUCAGGAUGGAAUAGCCUCAGACAAAAAGGUUGAUGAACCAGAAAAGGUGAUUUUGGAUUCAAAAGAGAAGAUUGAGUUUUACCGCACUAAAAUGCAGGACCUUGUUCUUUAUAAAAGUAGAUGUGAGAAUAGGCUAAAUGAAAUCACGGAAAGGGCCCUGGCAGAUAAGCGUGAGGCAGAGAUGCUGGGUAAGAAAUAUGAAGAGAAGUACAAGCAAGUGGCAGAAGUGGCAUCUAAAUUAACUAUUGAAGAGGCCACAUUCCGUGACAUUCAGGAAAGGAAGUUAGAGUUGCAUCAAGCGAUUGUUAACAUGGAACGAGGUGGAAGUGCUGAUGGUAUUCUUCAGGUCCGUGCUGAUCGUUUACAAUCUGAUCUUGAUGAGCUAAUGAAGGCUUUAACUGAACGUUGCAAGAAAUAUGGGUUAGAGGUUGAGUCAACUGCUAUGAUUAAGCUUCCUAUUGGUUGGCAACCUGGUAUACAAGAAGGCGCAGCUGUUUGGGAUGAAGACUGGGAUAAGUUUGAAGAUGAAGGUUUUGCCAAUGACCUCACCAUUGAUGUGAAAAAUGUUUCUGCUGUGCAAAAAGAAGGUGGUUUGGAAGAUGGUACUCUAACCCCUGAUUCUUUAUCAAAUGGUGAUGGGAAGUCUGGGAACUUCUUGAGUACUGGUGAACAUGCCCUUGAGGGUGAAUCUGCAUGCUUCCACAGUGAAGAUGAAUCGGCAAGAAGUCCUCAAGGCAGUUCAGCUAGAAGAAAUGGCCUAGAUAGUCCAUCUUCUGAUGUUUUUGCAAAGAGUAUUGAUCCAGAUGCAGAAACACAUCUAAGUUUUGAUGAAUCAACUUGGGGUGCUUUUGACACUCACGAUGAUACAGACUCAGUCUGGGGAUUUAACCCUAGUACUAAGGAUUCAGAAUUUGGAACUGGUGAUUUUGGUGUAAAGCCAAUAAGAACGGAAUCUCCAUCCUCAGAGAUUUUUCAGAAAAAGAGUCCAUUUUUUGAAGAUUCAGUUGCUGGCUCACCGGUCUCCAGGUUCGGCAACUCUCCAAGAUACAGUGAAGCAGGGGAAAGUUUUGAUAAUUUCUCAAGAUUUGAAUCAUUCAGCGUGCAUGAAGGCGGAUUUUCUCCAAGAGAGAAGCUGACAAGGUUUGAUUCCACAAGCAGCACAAAAGACUUAGGCCAUAGUCGUGCCUUCUCUUCUUUUGACGAUGCAGACCCAUUUGGUCCCAGUGGACCAUUUAAGGUUUCAUCAGACAAUAAAUCUCCCAAAAAAGGUUAUGAAAGUUGGGGUGCUUUCUAGUUGUCAAUCCCAUUGUCCAUUAAUUUUUGUUCAUUGUGGCCUUUUUCCCCCUGUACUGUAUAGAUUGGGUUGAGAGCUCGACUGUUGUGAAGUUAUUUGUUUUUAUAUUAAAAUUCUGGAAUGCCAA